AUGGAUGAGACGACCAUCCAUACUCCACGAGACCUGUCAAAUCGCCUUACUACGCCAGCAGUUCAACACAACCCAUAUGCUAGGAUGCCAUCGAAAAGAGCAAUCGCGUGCGUAACAUGCGCUAAGGCAAAGACUAAGUGUAACAAAGCUCUACCUUCAUGUUCCCGGUGCAUCACCAAGGGUAUCGAAUGCCAACCAAGAUCCACGCGCCGUACUUCAGAUAGCAACUACCGAUCAAGCGUCAAGAAGCCAUCUAGACCACCGAAAAGGCAGCUUUCUGCCAGUGUCAUAUCACGUCUCGAUUCAUAUAUUCCCUCCACGAGCUUGCCUUCUUCUCAUGCAUCUCAAAGCUCAUACGCGGCAACAUACAUUGAUACCCAAGCCACCGCGAAAGCCGGCCGUCAGAAGUCAGGGCUCUCGGGCUGUCCAAUGCUCACUCCGCUCUCACCAAGAGAUUUUCAAACCCUCAAUGGCAGUUACGCUUAUAUAAGUACUCCUGAACAGGAUCUGGGUGUCUUCACUCAGUCUGUGGGUGCAAACAGCUAUCUCAACCUGGGCAACAUGUCACCGCAGACACCAAGCCCGAUCCACCCUUAUCAUCCUGUAUCUGUGGUGCAUGACACAGAUCUCUGCUUGUAUCCACGAUUAUGGUCCGAUGAAGUAUUGAUGCCCAUCGAAUAUGGGCUCGAUUUCAAUGGCAAUGAUGUUCUACCAGAAACAUGGGCUACGCCACACGUCACAACCUCCAUUCCAAUAGCGCAAACACCUUGGGGGUUCUAUGAUUUCUUAGACGCAUCCCGACAAAUCACAGACGAUCCAGUAUCAAAUGCUGCCGGAAUCGUUUGCCCGUUUCAGUAUCAGCUCAGAGACACCUCAAGUCGACAUCAUCUUGACUGGACUUUCUACGAACCUACUGUUCCAGACCUGAAUGUUGCCACUUCGGCACCGUCCAUUCAUGACUUCAACUUUGCCCCAAGUCGUCCGCCAACCUGGGAAGCUUCUUUGAUAUCGUAG